CAGCAAGAUCUACCCUGAGAAACACUAAGAAAAAAAAAUAAACUGCAUUUUUUAAACUUUUUCCUCAGCAUGAAUCACCAAUUUUUUUUGAUACUCGCAGGCUUUAUUUCAAUGGUUUCCCUCUCAAACUCUUUUCCACUUACAUUGCAAAACACAUCAGAAGAUUAUGCAGACUUGACUAAAGACACUGAAACCAAACCUAAGAAAGCAACAGAAGUAGAACCGAGCAAACCAAACAUCGUUUUGGUAGCAAUCCCAGCAAACUCUUUAACGACAUCUACAGAAGACUCCAAAUACUAUUCUCCGAGCGUUGGGAACCCAGAAAAUGAACCAACAUCAACCCAAGACACUCAAUACUCUUCUUCAAGUAUCAGUAACCCAGAAUAUGAACAUCAGCAACAUGGAAUUGCUAAAAGAGAAGCUUCAAGUGGGACAGAAGACUAUAAAUACCAUUCCUCGAGUGUUGUUAACUCAGAAAAUGAACCAAUAUCAACCCAAGACACCAAAUACUCUUCUAAAAGCAUCAAUGACUCAGAAUAUGAACUUCAGCAACGUGGAGUUGUUAAAACACAAGCUCCAGGUACGUCAGAAGACUCUAAAUACACUUCUCCGAGUACUGGUCGCUCAGAAAAUGAACCAUCACCAACCCAAGGCACUAAAUACUCUCCUUUAAGUACUGGUGACUCAGAAUAUAAACCUCAGCAACAUGGGAUUGUUAAAAGGCAAGCUCCUGGUGGGUUCUUCGUGUACAGGCCUCUUUUCAGGUUCAGGAGGGUUCAAACUGGAAGAAGUAGAGGUAAUAGGCCAUCGAGAGAUAAUGCUUUGGUUGGUUAUCUGAGUGAUAGAGAUUUGUACCCUACUUUGGCUUAAAAUGGAAGACUUCUUUAGGAGGAUAUUUUGUUACUGUUUUGAGGUUUUGAGGAUGAAUGAACUGAAGAUGGUGACCUGAUUUUAUUAAACUAUUUAUUUAUUUAAGAUAGAAUUAGAAAAAACUUAUUUAUUUUAUUGUUACUGUUAAGUUAUUUAUAUGUUGUUUUUUUUAUAAAAAAAU